UUCCCUGAGUCCCCGUUCACCACUAACCAGAUGGCUCGCUUGGCCGUGGUCGCCGCCAUCGUCGCUCUCCUCGCCAUAACAGCCGCCGCACAGAGCCCCAUGCCGGCGCCCAAGAUGGCCACUCUGCCAGCACCCCCGGCGAGGUCCCCGGUCGCCACUGCGGCGCCGACUCCGAUGGCCGCCUCUCCGCCGUCCCCGCCAACGGCCGGCUCGGCCCCCACCGACGCUCCUUCCGCGAUGACACCUUCCGCAGUCUCCGCCGCACCGGCCGGCGCACCCACCGCUGGCGCCCCCGCGAGCUCUGCUGUGUACGCCUCCUCCGUCAGCUUCUUCGCCGUCGCUGGCGCAGUCGCUGCCGCCGUCAUGUUCUAGAUGGAAGCCAUCUUCUCUCCACGGCCGACGGACUCUGCUUCAGUGUAUACAACCCAGAUUCUUUCCAUAGUAUUCUUUUUUAGAGGCUGCGGUCUGCGGACAGAGUGACAUGACAUUGCCAUGUUAUCAUGUUACUACAUGUGCUCGAGAUCAUUAUGAAUAGUAUGAUUCUUUUAUUUGUUACAUCAUCUCCUAUCAC